AUGAAUUCUAUACCACGGAUAUCGAGAGCUCUGAGUAGCAAAAAUGCUAAUGGGAUAUGUACAUCAUGUGCGAAACCAAAACGAACAAACGCACCAUUUUUCAAAACUUCAAUAAGCAGAAGUAUUUCCAAUAAUUCAACCCCUCGAGGAAAUGUAGCACCAACGAUGGAACAAUUGAGAGCGCCAUUCUCACAGAAGAAUAGUUCGACUAUGUACUAUACCCUCAGUAUCAUUCUAGGAACUGUAGCCUUCUCAUAUGGUUCUGUGCCAAUGUAUAAAAUGAUCUGCCAGACUACAGGAUGGGGAGGGCAACCGAUCAAAGCACCCGGACAUGGCGGCAGUGGUGUAGAGGGAGAAGAUCCAUCGGAAAGACUCAGACCCGUCACUUCUGCAAAACGUAUACGAGUAACCUUUAAUGGCUCUGUUUCGGAUGUUCUACCAUGGAAGUUCACACCACAGCAGAGAGAAGUUCGGGUUUUACCAGGAGAAACGGCAUUGGCAUUUUAUACUGCUACGAAUAAAUCUGAUGAGGAUAUAAUUGGGGUGGCAACUUAUAGUGUGACGCCUGGACAAGUGGCUCCAUAUUUUAGCAAGAUUCAAUGUUUUUGUUUCGAGGAGCAAAGGUUGAAUGCUGGGGAAACGGUUGAUAUGCCAGUAUUCUUCUACAUCGAUCCAGAUUUUGUUAAUGAUCCGAAUAUGAGAGGUAUUGAGCAGGUUACUCUGAGUUAUACAUUUUUCAAGGCUAGAUAUGAUAAGAAUGGGCACUUGAAAGCUAUGCCUGUUGGUAUGUAAAAGACGUAUGGGAUGUAUUAUAUUUAUUUGCAUUGAGAGGAGUUAAAAGCUUUAGAGGUAUAUGGAUUCGGGUUGUUUGUAUUACUACGGUUUAAGUAGGUAUUUGCUGUAGUUUUGACUACUUGGAUAUCUAUUCAGCUGUUCUACGAUGUAUUACUAUAGUACAAGUAUCUACUAUAGUUUAACUGUCUAUUAUCACCAACACUUCUCUCUUUCCUGC